CUGCUCGGCCUCUCUCAGGCUCAUCCUCUCAUGGAGGAAAGAGGAGGAGGAGAGGGCCAGGUGGAGGAAGACCACACCGUCGAUAUCACCACCAGGAUUCUGACCGCAAACAAUGGCAGCAACGAGAUCCUGCUGGAAGGAGACAUCCUGCUUCCAAAAAGCAGAAAUGCCAUUAAAUGCCAGAGUUACCAGAGAUGCCUGUGGCAGAAAGACAACAACGGCCUGGUGACGGUUCCCUUCGCCAUCAGCAGUGAGUACAGCAGCGGGGAAAGGCAGCUGAUCAGAAAUGCCUUGCAGUCCUUCCACAGCCAGACCUGUGUCCGCUUUGUCGACCGUAAGAACCAGAACGACUACAUCAGCAUCGAGAGCCAGAACGGAUGCUUCUCUCCUCUGGGCAGACAGGGAGGGAAGCAGGUCCUGUCUCUCAACAGGCAGGGCUGCGUCUACUUUGGCGUCGUCCAGCACGAGGUCAACCACGCUCUGGGCUUCCAGCACGAGCAGACCAGGAGCGACCGCGACUACUACGUCAGGAUCAACUGGGAGAACAUCGACCCACAGAUGGCCUACAACUUCGACAAGCAGGACACCAACAACCUCAACACUCCCUACGACUACUCCUCCAUAAUGCACUAUGAAAGAACAGCCUUCUCCAUCAAUGGCAGGGAAACCAUCACCCCCAUCCCCAACCCCAACGUCCAGAUUGGCCAGAGGCAGGGCAUGUCCUACUGGGACAUCAGGAGGAUCAACCUGCUGUACGGCUGCUGAAAACACACGUUAGCUUGUCUGAUUAGAAGUUUUCAUUUGUUCCCAAAGGUUCUUCCACUUAUGUGUUCACAAGUGUUUUAUAGGGAGAUAAUGAGCUGUAAGGUCAAACACAUAAAGUGCAUUAAAAUGGUACGCUGGAUAUUAGUGAUUCAUUUCCUCGCCAAUACUUGUUUCAUUCUUUAUGAUUUGUCUUUUCUUACCUCAUCCUUUCUACUUUUUCUUCCACCAAUCCGUAUCUACAGUCAGGCUUGUGGAAAUGUCCUCCUCAAUGCAUCGCUAUUCAAAAAACUAUAUGAUGCAAAUACAGUGUGAUAAUAUGCACAGAGCUCUCGUGUUAAUUAUACAUGAAAAUAAUUCAUUUUAAUACUCCUUUACUUUUGUGAAGGUCAAAUCAAAGGU